CGCCAAAGCACAACACCGGUGGCAUUGCCACACCGCACAGAUGAUCUCGUCAGCAGCAGCCGCGACUUCAGCUUUGCUUCCCAAUGGCGCGAACGCAUCCACCUCGCCGCCUCCACCGUCCCUCGCGCCCUUCUCUAGGCUCCAGCUGGAAAUCCUCCAGCUGCUACUUGUACAGAGAGGCUGGCGGCCACGCCGGGUCAGGCGCACGUGAUGGCCUGUCGUUCUGGUUCUGGAGGCGGAGGGCGACGCCGGAUGCCGCCGCGCCAGGUUGCUUCGCCCGCGCGCCGUGCAGGUGGGGGAGACGGCAGAUUCGCGCACCUUAUCGCCGCCCGGCCGAAGAAACCUCCCCCCACCCCCGAGCGCCCACCAGGUGCUCGACGUAAUGCCGCCGCGCCCAUACGGCAUCCAGUUUUAUAUCCUCCCAAUCAGCGACGGAGCUUAGUUUAUAGUAAAGGAGAACCGUACACCCAUCCCAUCCGAGUUCCAUCCCGAGGUAGAGGUCCUGCCCCCCUGAGCCGCUCUUUUGUUCUGUUCUUGCUCUGUUCGUCCAGCUGAAAUCACCUGGGAGCACAGCAUCGCGUUCCAGGCGCCACUGCUGGUUCUCAAAAUCGCAUCGUGUCUAUAAGCCUUGUGGCCUUGAGAGUCGAUACUCGAUAUACAAUUUCUUUAUGAUGGGGGAACUGUGCGUGCUUCUUAGGAUUGGUGGCUACUACAUUUUUUCUUCCUUUGCUCUAUUGCAGUGCCGCCUUAAGCUGUAGCGGUAAGGAUGUGCCUCUGCAAGACGUUCAGGAGUGGAAUUGUGUACUAACUUAGUCACCUGAGGUUUUCUCAUUUUAUCUGUGACCCAGAGAGGAAGUUAAAAAAUCAGAAGAAUCAUUGUAAGAAUAAAAAUGAGGGCAUCAGUUGCUAGCUUUUUUCCUUUUGUUGCCUUUGUUGUUUCGACACACAUUUUUCGCUACUAACUAUGUUAAUUAUAAUGCUACUUGUCUAUUGGUUGAUCUGCUAUCAUGAACUGUUACAACCUUCUCUUUACCAAUAGAAUACGUGUCCUUGAUGGUCUAAUAGAUUAUAAAUCAUUGAGUGAUAACUGUUGGUUUCCUACUUCCUCCUUCAUGUAGGAGCCUGAUCUUUUAUGUUGAUGCAAGGUAGAACAACCAUUUGGACCGUUACUUUCUAGUUUAUAGUAGCUAUAUGCUAUAGUCUAACUGAAUACCUUAUUCUGUUGGUAUGUAUUUUAUCAUUGCUGCCAGAAAUGUGUGGCCCAAUAUUGAGCUAUAUAAUAAAUGAUCUGAAAUAGAGAUUUUUUUAACUUUAAAAAUUUCAGCUUGAAAUUUAAUUUGGGUACCUAAGGGUGCUUCUUUAUCCUACUUCUGUAUUCUGUAUUGAGAUUUCCAUCCUAACUAUUUGUACAUAUCUAAACCAAAUAAUAGAAACUGGAAUGCUAAAAGGCCAUAAUAAACUCUAGAUCUGCUUCUGGCAAUACGGACAAUGUGUUCCAUUCCUUUAUUUAGGGCUCUGAUAGUUAUUAUUAAAUAUCAUAGCUUCAGAACUAAUUUAUUGAGUUCCUAUUUGAAGAGUAUUGACACCUGUUUCAAGUACAGAGCAAAACCUCCUCCAUAUCAAAGAUGAGCUUCAGAUCUAUCGAACAGCUACUUAGGAGGAACAGCAAGACCAAAAUUUCUCGCAAUAUUGUUGACGGUGUCCAUGACCAGAAAGAAGAGCAGUGUGUGCAAUCCUUAAGAGAGUUACUUCUUGCAAGCAACCAGCUCCCGGAGAAGUUUGAUGACUACUACCUCCUUCUACGCUUUCUGAGAAUGAGAGGCUUCAAUAUCUUAAAGGCAAAAGAAAUGUUCUUAAAUAUGCUAAAAUGGCGUGAAGAUUGUUCUGUUGAUGCCAUUGCAAAUGAUUUUAAAUUUGAGGAGUAUGAUGCUGUGAAAAGAUGCUAUCCUCAUGGAUUUCAUGGAGUUGAUAAAUUUGGCAGGCCUCUAUAUAUCGAGCGGAUUGGGUUGGUGGAUCUCAGCAAGCUCAUGCAAGUGACUAGUAUUGAUCGAUAUGUAAAAUAUCAUAUAUCAGAACAAGAGAAAACUAUGUCUUUGAGAUAUCCUUCUUGCUCACUUGCGGCUAAAAAGCACAUAGCCUCUACAACAGCCAUAUUGGAUGUGAAAGGAUUGGGGAUGAAUAAUUUUUCAAAAUCUGCAAGAGAGAUGUUUGUAGAGAUCCAAAAGAUUGAUAGCAAUUACUAUCCAGAGACAUUAAAUCAACUUUAUAUAAUUAAUGCUGGAACUGGAUUUAGAGCACUGUGGAAAGUAUUGAAAGCAUUCAUGGAAGCAAGAACUUUAGCAAAGAUUCAGGUUCUGGGGACCAAUUACCUUAACACAUUAUUAGAAGCUGUUGACCCAAGCAAUUUACCAGACUUUUUAGGUGGAACAUGCACUUGUCCUGCAACAGGAGGAUGCUUGCUCCAAGAUAAAGGACCCUGGACUGACCCACAAAUGGUUCGUGCUUCUAAGGCAGCAUUUGGUAAAGGUCAGAAGUCUUUCAAUGAACUGACUGCUACAAUUGCCUGUGAAAGCUUCACAGGUUGUCAGGAGCCUUCUGCGAAACAAGUAGAUUCCACUUCUCGUAGGAAAAGAACUCUUGGCAUGUUGUUAAAGGAUGACCAGGAUGGCACUGAUACAAGCGGAAAUAUUCUACAGAAACAAGUCGGUGAACAGAUCUCAGUGAAGAUCCAAGAACUUGAAGACUGCGCUGCUCAGACUAAGGAGACACUAAUAUGUAAGCAGCAAGAACUCACGAGCCACAUCGAACAGCUGAGGAAAAUCCUUCGGGAUGGCAGAUAAGAAAUGAAAUUAGUACUUUCCAAAGGAGGAGAAAAGCAAAAAGGGCAAAAGAAAAAGAAGAAGCCAUCGUUGUAUCAUUAUAGAGAAGAAAUAGGCACCUUAGAUAUUUUUCAGUGAUGACUUUUAACCCUUAAGUUGUGAGUUCCAUACAUGAUGAUCUUGAGUCUUGACAAUGCUGUCUGUGGACUAUGGCUGUACUGCAUCCUCUCAUAAGUGUUGUACCACAUUUUAUGAGUAAAACUGUCUUUAUUCUUUUAACCAA